AAUGCGGAACCCAAACCGCGAGAGAGCUGAAUGGCGUGGACGGGCUCGGUAAGAUGGCAGCUCCGGGUGACUGGCCGUGGCAUGCAGCCCUGUUUCGCGAGAAUGUGCAUAUCUGCGACGGCACCCUCGUUUCGCCUCAGUGGGUUCUCACGACGGUUUCUUGCUUCCAAGGGCAAAGCAAAGCUGAGUGGAUAGCCCGACUGGGGAGUGUUCGCUUGCAGUCCACGUCACCAUGGCAACAGGAGCGUCACGUAAUUGGAAUGGUCAAAUCUCCGGUAGAGGGCAGCACUGUCGUCAUGAUCAAACUCAACAAACCAGUAAUUUUCUCGGACUUCAUUCGGCCCAUUUGCCUACCACCACGAAGUCUAGCUCCGGAAGAGCUCAUCCACUGCCAUACUCUUGGAUGGGCCAAAAAUC